ACCUGUUUGACCGGUGGGGCUGAGCCAAGGACUGAAGAGGGAGGAGGCAGACAACUCGGAGAGGAGCUGAGAAGCAGUGCAGAGCAGAGAGCAGAGCAGAGCUGCCGCUGAGAAAAGGUUACUCCUGGUUCCUGGGGUGGAAGGCUUUCCAACAGAGGGCUGCCUGAAGCUCGGCCAGAUCUGCCUCAACUUGCUGAACUCGGUUUGCCCCACCCGGGGCAGUUUCUCCUAAGUCCCCACCCUGGGCCCUCACCAUGGCCAAGUCCCCCGGCUGCUGCUCCGUCUGGGCCCGCUGCCUCCACUGCCUGUAUAGCUGCCACUGGAGGAAAUGCCCCAAAGAGAGGAUGCCAACCAGCAAGUGCGACUGCAUCUGGUUUGGUCUGCUCUUCCUCACCUUCCUCCUCUCCCUGGGCUGGCUGUACAUCGGGCUCAUCCUUCUCAAUGACCUGCACAACUUCAACGAAUUCCUGUUCAACCACUGGGGACACUGGAUGGACUGGUCCCUGGCAUUCCUGCUGGUCAUCUCUCUACUGGUCACAUAUGCAUCCCUGCUAUUGCUCCUGGCCCUGCUCCUGCGGCUCUGUGGCCAGCCUCUGCGUCUGCACAGCGUCCACAAGGUGCUGCUACUCUUUAUUAUGCUUCUUGUGGCCGCUGGCCUUGUGGGACUGGACAUCCAAUGGCAGCAGGAGUGGCGUAGCUUACGUCUGUCACUGCAGGCCACAGCCCCAUUCCUUCAUAUCGGAGCAGUUGCUGGCAUCACCCUUCUGGCCUGGCCUGUGGCUGAUACCUUCUACCGUAUCCACCGAAGAGCCUGCCCCCUACUCCCCGCAGGUCCCAAGAUUCUGCUACUGUUCUUAUUUUUUGGAAUUGCCCUGGCCAGCUACCUGGCCCCCCUGUGCAUCUCCUCACCCUGUAUCAUGGAACCCAGAGACUUACCUCCCAAGCCGGGGCUGGUGGGACACCGAGGGGCCCCCAUGCUGGCCCCCGAGAACACCCUGAUGUCCCUGCGGAAGACGGCUGAAUGUGGAGCUGCUGUGUUCGAGACCGACGUGAUGGUCAGCUCCGACGGUAUCCCCUUCCUCAUGCAUGACGAGCACCUGAGUAGGACCACAGAUGUGGCCUCUGUGUUCCCAACCCGAAUCACCACCCACAGCAGUGACUUCUCCUGGGCAGAACUGAAGAGACUCAAUGCUGGGGCCUGGUUCCUAGAGAGGCGACCCUUCUGGGGGGCCAAGCAGCUGUCAGGCACUGAUCGGAAAGAGGCUGAGAAUCAGACAGUGCCAACCUUGGAAGAACUACUGAAGGAAGCUGCCGUCCUCAACCUUUCCAUCAUGUUUGACCUGCGCCGCCCCCCGCCAAACCAUACAUACCAUGAUACUUUUGUGAACCAGACAUUGGAGACUGUGCUGAGUGCAAGGGUGCCCCAAGACAUGGUCCUUUGGCUACCAGACGAAGAUCGGGCUAAAGUACAACAACGAGCACCCAAAAUGCGCCAGAUAUAUGGACAGCAGGGAGGCAACAGAAGUGAGAGGCCCCAGUACCUCAACCUCCCCUAUCAAGACCUGCCACUGUUGGAUAUCAAGGCACUGCACCAGGAUAAUGUCUCAGUGAACCUAUUUGUAGUGAACAAGCCCUGGCUCUUCUCCCUACUCUGGUGUGCAGGGGUGGAUUCGGUCACCACCAACGACUGCCAGCUGCUGCAGCAGAUGCACUACCCUGUCUGGCUUAUUCCCCCUCAGACCUACCUUAUGAUGUGGAUCGUUACUGAUUGUGUCUCUACCCUGCUGCUUUUGUGGACUUUUCUGCUCCAAGGGAGAUGUGCUAAGGAGAAAGAGAGAACUGGCUUAGAAACAGCAGUGCUGCUGACCAGGAUCAACAAUUUCUUAAUGGAGUGAUGCUCUUCCCAGGAGCCCCACCAGCAGGAGUCUCAGGCCUGUCUGCAUUGGCCAAUGGCAAAGAAGGGAGAAUGGCUGAAGUGGAACGUUAGCAUGUUUGGGGUGGGGUAAAUUUUGCCAACAGGAGUUUUUGAACUAUGAGGGCACCCAGAUGGUAAGCAUGCCCCAAGUUUGCGUGGAAUCUGCUCCCCUUGGGGUUUUGACCUGAGAUGGUUGGGAAGACAGUGAGUCAUGAGAAGUUUCUCCCAAAAUGAAACUAGAACAGAGGAAGUGAAAAGGAGAUUGCCAAGAUAAUGUUUCAGACCUGUGCACGCGUGUUCUUGUGUAGAAGGAACAGGGUGUGUCAGGGACGGGAGAGCUUGGAACAGUGGCUGAAGGAGAUGACAAAACGGCCUUUCCUGGAGAACUGUAAGAUGACGGAGACACCAACCCUCCUCCCUUCACUGUCUCGCCUGAUCCCUGCAAUUUAGCUGCUUUCCUGCCUAGAGGCUGGGGGCUAAAGCCCAUCUAGCCAUGUAAUUCUGUGCCCACAGGUAGCUUCUUGCUGUGCACAGCCUUUUCUUCAAGACGGGUUGAUUCCUGUAUCUUGUCUGUUAAUCUGUUAAUCAAUGAAUUUAAUUCCCAUUUGG